AGGCUAUUGAGGUCAACUUCAGCGCAUGCGUGGUUUGUGACACUUGUUGGAGCGGAAGUAAGAAAGUUGUAAAUAAUUUUGAAAGUUAUUAUCAACUUAUAUUGAUUAACAGGAAAGAAAACCGAUUCAAAAUGGCAGAUGAAGAGGAAGUUAUCAUGACCCCCACAAAGAAAGGGAAGGCAACUCAUAUCAGAAUAGAGAGAAAGAGGAAGUUGAAUAUGAGUGGUACAGAAGAACAGAGACACCAUGUUGCUGGUGGGGAACACAAGGGACUGGUUAUCAACAAGUCAUCACAAGGAGAUGACGAGGAAGAUCUUGGCAAGCCUCAGGUUCAACUUGGCUUCAACUGUUUUAUGGUAGAUACCAAAACUGGGAAUCAUGUGGUGGAGAGUCGAAAAUUAAAGUUCUGGUAUGUAGAUUCUGCUGACUACCUUGACCAAGUUACCACCGGUUUUAACUUCUUCCGAGAACUCCUCAAACCUGAGAACUUCCCUAAAGAUUAUGUUGGAUUUAUCCGGAAAUGCAUGAAACAGAUGCAGAAACCGGAAUACAGCAUGGCAAGAAAGAUCAACCUGGAAAUACAGCUCUUAGAUGAUGAGGCCACCCCGAUGGAUCCAGCCUCUCCGGAAUUGGAAAAUGGAUAUGGUAUCACAAAGCAAGACUUGAGGCCAUGGGAAGAAAUUGUACGUGAGAAGUUACUACAUGUACUAGAAUCAGCUUAUCCCAACAUUUUGUCAGUUGAAGAUCUUAUCAGGAUAGUUGAUGCAGAGGAAAGUGUGGUGAUGGAACAGCUUGAAGAAUUAAGGAGAAAAGAUCUGAUCAGACAACUAGACAGUGGAGGGUUCGUUAGACAUGUUCUUGAUGUCAAAACAGAGGUACAGGAAGUUAAGCAGAUGAUGACAGUUUCAGCCAAUCAGCAGCCUACCAUAGCAAUUAUUACAGCUAAUUAUUGUGAAAAACUUGCCGUAGAUGCUAUGAUGGAAAAUAAAACUACUUAUGUUAAAUUUAAAACUGGAGGUGAAUCUAAUGCAUAUACAAUAGGUUAUAUCGGAGAACAUAAAUGUGUAUCUACCAAACUUCCUAUGAUAGGACAUGAUAGAUCUGCACAAAUUUCAUCUGGAAACACUACAACAAGACUUUUAGGAACAUUCCAGGCUGUAGAACAUGUUUUUAUUGUUGGCGUAGCCGGCGCUGUUCCACAUUUUACCGAUUAUUACAAACAUCCGAGAUUAGGAGAUGUAAUGAUAUCCGAUUGCUCUAAAGGUGGCAAUAUCUAUUACUACUGCGAUCAAAUUUUACAAGAAAAGGAUGGAAACAUAUUAUACCAGACUAAAGCAUUCCAGCCUAAAGAUGCCUUCCUACAGGGAGUUCUCGAAGGGAUAAAAGAGCAGAGAUUGCACCGGAAGUUUGAGCCUUGGCGUAAAUACAUCAGGAAUGGUCUCGAACUUCUGGCCACCCAGGAGGCAGACUACAAUAGACCACCACCGGAGACUGAUAGGUUAACAAUGAUGAUUGGUGAAGGAAAUGUUCUAGAAAUGCAGCACCCACACCACCCUGAGGGAAUAGAUGAGCGAGAAGGCUUCCCAAAAAUACACUAUGGUGUGUUUGGAGCAGGCAAAAGAUUUUCAAAGGCCGAUGAUCUGCGUCUAGAUUUCGCCGGAAGGUACAAUGUCAAUUCCUUCGACUCAGAAUUCGACCAGGUUCUUGCUGGCGUUGUUGGAAGCGUGAAAGAAAGUUUCAUGUUUAUCAGAGGUAUGGCCGACUACAGCGACGGCAUGCAGAAACAAGAAUGGCAGCCAUACGCAGCCCUUGCCGCAGCUGCUGUGAUGAAGUCGAUGAUUUUAUCGUUUAAGGGGCCCUACAUUUCGGAAGACGAGAUGUAAUAAUAAUUAUAAUAUUUAUGAUCAUUUUAAGAUAUAGAUACACAAAAAAGAACAUUUUUUUAAAUGCUUAGCUUACCAAUAUAUUUACAUUAUAUGUACGUGUUUGUUACCUUUACCUGUUUGAAGAAAAAAAAUGUUGUAAAAACAGGACAUAAGUGCAAUUCUCAUCUAUCAUUGUAUUAUCUCAUUGAGAAUUUCAUUUAAUGUAUAAAUCACCAUUACAAUCAUGUAACUGUUAAAUUUCUCACAAAAUAAUAAAGAAGAAAGGGAGAUUCUAUCUAGUAUAAGAAACACUCAUAUUUAAGAAACAAAAUAUGAUAAUCCCAUUCAAUUAGUAAAGGUCUUUUAUAGAUGAUAAAAAAUAAAAUAUACGAAAACAGAAGGCUUAAAGAAGCCUAUGUCUGCUAUUAUUUUAGGGUGCAAAAUGGUUUUAAAUUGAAAGCAUACAUUCAUGCUGUUUGCCAAAAUAUUCAUUAUAAGUCAUAUUAUGAUGAUAAGUCAUCAAUUAACAUCAUUUCACUAUAGAUAGAUCAAAGUGUGUGACAUUAUAAAUCAUUUGUAUGGUUUUAUCAAAAACUUAAAAUUCUAUUUUCUUAUGAAACUAGUUUAGAUGGGGAAGAAUAAAAUCAGGGUUUUAUAGGACAGCUUUAUAGGUUUGUUUCUUCACCAUAUUUAGUUUUGAACUUAUAUAAAAAAAAACAAUUCUACUUAAUGCAUAAUUGUUUACAGCAAUCUCAGUGAUAUUUAAAGUUCUAGGUACAAUUUGAAACACAAUAAACUUGAGUAAUAUGAUUUUGCUUCUGAUUUUCAAGCAGAGCCUACAUAUAAGACGCUGCCCCUGCCUUGUUUAUAAAUUUUGAGCAUCAAAAGUGCGACUUAUAGCUGAGAAUUGAGAAUUAUGGCCUUUAUUUAGAAAUUUAGUGCUCUGCAUAUAUAGCAUAGUAUGAUGAUCAUAUAAAUCUCAAAUAAAUUAGUGAGAAAUUAUGUUUAGUUUUUCGUAUGAAAAUUAUUUUUGAAUAUUUUUUUAAUCUUUUGUCUUCUUUUAUCAUUUUGAUGCUGUAAGUGUGCAGAGACUUAUGGGCACAAUUUUUUUUUUUCAAAUUUAUUUUCUGUUACAUCUGUCUUGUUGUAAAAUGUGAUCUUGAAAACUUUGACAAUCCUGUUCUUUGUUGUAUUUCAAGAAAAAUUUUCAAAUGUUAUCUCUCUUUAACAAAAAUAUAGUUCUGUAUUUUUCACAAUAUGCCACUCGUUAGAAUACUGUUUUUUAAAGCUCACUCGAUGAAAAUAAAAUUUCAUCUUACACACAAAGAAACAAAUAUCCUCUAUGUUUUUUUCACAUUAAAUUAGUAUUGAAGUUUUUCCUUUGAUCGAAGCAGCAAAAAAUCUUCAUGUUUUAUAAAAAAUAAAUUUGAGUCUAAAAGUUCCAAAACUUAGUGCUUUCCAGAUUAUGUAAUAUUCCUGCAUUUAUCUUUUGUUUCUUCUUUAGUGCUUCUGUUCAUGUAGUUAAUCUCAGGCAAAAUUACCUUCUUAUUUUGAGAGUAUUUUUAUAAGUUUUGAAAAGUUAUUAUAUUAGUUUUUUUAUGUGUGUCUAAUCAUAAACAAACUAUUUCUGUUAAUAUGUGUAACGUUUUCAAGUGGUUUAUUGUUCAUCAAGCAAUAAUUGUUUUCAUAAUGAAAGUAAACAUCUUUAAAAUAAAUAUAUCUUUUUCAAGUUAAAUAUAAUGUCUAAAUGUUGGUUAUCAUUAUUUACUAAUUGAUAAGUCCAAUUUAAGAUGGACUUGAAAUUUCAAUUUUGCUAAAAUAAAAAUGACUUGUUUUUUUGUUAUUUUUACUAGCUAGAUUUAUGUAAAUAAGUGAAACUUGAUUAGUACAUCUUUUGCUUGUAGAUAUGUAUGGUUGUGAUUUUUUUUAACUUAUAUAUUAGAAUUUGUUUUUACAGAUUUUUAAGCUAUUCUAUUGAAUAAAUAUUUAUACUGUAAGGAAAUGAAACUGUAAAAAAGUUAGUGGGUUUAAAAAAAUCCCAAUUCAUUAUUUUGUAAGUCUUAAAUGAAAGCUAAGCUGUUGGUUUCUUAACUAACACUUAUAGAUUAUUAUUUUUAGGUUAUACAAUUUACAAAUUCUUAAUGUUGUGCGAGUCUUAUUCUAGAAUUGUUUAGUGUUUUUUUAUGCUUUUAAAGCAUAUUAGAUAAUUCCUUUUUGAUGUACACUGUAGCAAGAAUUUGUGUACUGAUGUCACAUUGUGACAGUUCUGACUAAUUUAGAUAUUUUAUGCAUUAAUUGUAAGCUAUUUACUUGUUGUUUUGUAGGUUUCUUACCAAUCGCAAAUGAUAUUGCAAAUGGUAAUCUUUCUAAAUGGCAUUGCAAAUGGUAAGUUUGUUAAAUAGCUAAAGAAAAAUGGUAUUUCAAGUAGUAAUUUUGAUAAAUGAAUUAAAGAGUUAAAUUAAUGUAGUCAAAUUAAAGUUAUUUCAAUUUAUAAUUUUGCCAGAGUUAUAAAAUGGUAUGAUGUUGCCAAAAAUGGUAUUAUUAUUGGUAAUUUGGUCAAAAAUGGUAUUACUAUUGGUAAUUUGGCCAAAUGAUUAAAAAAAACAACAACUUUUGCAUGGUAUGGAACAAGACUGAUAAUUUUAAACAAUUAAAGCAAAAAAAAAAAUCAACAAUAUAGUUGUAUAGAACUGGUAUAUAGCCAACGAUUGGCUUUUUUGUUCCUUUUACGAACUGUUUAUUCACAAAUUGUUCUUGUUCAGUUUUUGCACUCAUAAUGAACAUGUAUACUUGCUUGAAGCUUGAUUGUUAGUGCCUAAUAUAUAAUGCAAGUUUCAUAUAUUGAGACGUUAAACAUUUUUUUUAUGUUUUUUAAAGUUAUCCAUUGCUUUACAUAUAAAAGGUUGUUUUUUUAAGUUAUAUACAUGUAUACAUAAUAUAUGUUGUAGCAUACAUAUUUGAAAGAAAAAAAAUGGUUAAAAAAUAAUUUAUUGAAAUUAUUUAUGGUAUGUUUAUUAAACCCGUUGUAAACAUUUUUUCCCUCCAGUUACUCCUAUGAUGUACAUUUUGUUUGGACUUUGGGUCUUUUGAUCAUAAAAAAGACUACAGCUUUUCUGUACCAUAUCUGUUAUUGUAGAUAAAAUUAUAUUUUUAAUAAACUUUGUUAUUAACAUUAUUCAUUAAGAUACAUCAUGAUAUGUACACAUUCUGAUAUUUUCUAAAGUUCCAAGAAUUUUGUGUUUUUCAGCAACAACUUCAAUUUUCUGUAAUUGUGUAUAAGUCGAACCCAUGUAUAAGACGGGGUUUCGAUUUUUACCAAAUGCUAGCUAAAAAAAAUUCUGUAGAAUAUUCUUUGUAUGUAUCUUGUCUUAUUUUACAUUCCUUCUUACUGCUCAUGCUAAACAUAUAUGGGAAGUCGGUGGUUCUAUUCCAGUGCCGAUGCCAGAAAUAAUGCAAAAAGUUAAGUCUUCUUAAUAUUUGGUCUGUUGAAUAGAUUUUCAGUACCUUUUUCUUUCAAACAGAAACUUGAUCUUUUAUAUGAUGGUAGUCUUGCUAUAUUUAAUCUCGCAGCACUUAUUGCCUGUAACAUUCAUUCAUAUAAUCAUCAUACAUGGGAUGGCUUUCAUUAUUCAUUUAGAAACAUACUGGAUACAAUUAUUGUAAAACAUGCGUAGUUAAUCUUCAUGGCUGAGUGGUUUAUGAAACAGAUUUCAAAUUAUUGACCCCUCACCACUCACUAUGGAUUUAAAGCCUGCUAAGUUCUCUACGUGGUCUUCAGAGAAGAGAGAUGCUAUUCAGAUUGGAUACAUGCUAUCUAGAUAGCUUAAAGGGGACAGUUGAUAAUAAAUUGGUGCCUGCCAGUGCCUAAUAAGAGAGUGGCAUCCCAGGUCAUCCUCAGUUAUUUAAGUGGCAAGUCUCCAUAUGGCCCUUAAAAGUGUUGGUGUGUCAUCAAAUCUAAUACAUUUACGUUCAAAUAUCAAAACACUUUAAAAAGGAGCUCCACUGAGGUCAAAAGCUUAAAAACAUUUAAAAAAAAAACAAUAAUUUUUACAUAGAUCAAGUGAAACGCUAACCAUGGAUAUAUCUGAGAAGGAUAAGAAAGAAAUAUGUUUAGAAUUAAAUUGAAAAUUGAUUGUAAGUACCAUUUCUAGCCUGAUUUGAGCAAAAAGUGUUGUCUGAUUUGAGCAGUGUUGAAACGAUUUUCAAUUUUUUUUUUUAAUCAUUUUGCGAAAUAAAAAUAGUUAUUCUGGAAAAACAGGGUGAUGGAAUGAUCUCAGAAUUUGCACACAAGUUAUUGGUUCACACUUAAUCAAAUGCUUCAAAAGUCUCAGAAAAAAAUAUUUCCAGUGUGUAAUGUCUAAAAACCUCAGUGGAGUCCCUUUAAGUUUAUACUUUGUCGGAUAUAUUUUUCAAUUUAAAUACCAUCAUUUUUUUGUGGGACAUUAAAUUCAAUACAGCCCAGUUCAAAUAUGAAAAUACUAUGGGUUAAUAUUUUGUCUCAUAUAUACAUGUACUUCAGUUGGAAUACCAUCAUUAUAUUGUAUCUAAUAUGUAAUAAGAGUUUGUUGUUUUGAUACAAUAUACAUAAUUUUACAUCUAUCACAGACACACAGUUUUUAAGAUUCUUUUUAUUUUGCACUGCAUGUUGUUUUUUUCUAUUAAGAUUUUAAGACCUUUUUCACAGUCAAUAAUAAUAAUUUCAUAAGAAUAAAUGUGCAGUGUUAAAAGUUUGUAUAAUAAUGUACAAAAUGUCUCUCCAGUUUGAAAAUAAUAUCACCACCUAAGGGAGAGAACCCAAAAUGUUGUUUUGUUGAAUUUCUUAAGAGAUCGUGAAUGAAAUUUUGACUGCGUAGCAUUUUUCUGCAUUUAUAAUCUUUCUAAUAAAAUAUAGAAUACUA